AUGGACUAUUCAGGCAGAAUCCAGCUGAUCUUCCUAGGAAUACAUCUUACUUAGAUCUCACCCAAAUCUUUGAAAAAAUUGGCCCUUGUGAGAUUAUCAUCAAAAGUUACCAAAGCCUUUGAAACUUACAGGUAUCCCAUCAUCAGAGGGAAAUGCUCUAGAAUUCUCGAGUACUCCCUCAAAUUGACCAAGGCUCCCUGCAAAGAUAUGCCAUACGAUCUUUAAGAUUCCUAUCUUUUCGUCAAGGGAUUUCAGUCAUUGAAUUGGACUCACUAAAAUCUUUAUGACAACUUCAAGGUGUUUGGAGACAUAGUAAGUUGCAAGGUGUCCAUUGACAAGGACCACAACUGCAAAGGAUACGGCUACAUCUAAAUGAAAGACUAGAAUGCAGCCAAGCAAGCCAUUGUGCAGGUAACAUUUCAGCAGAAAUUAAAGACUAUGUAGAUGAAUGGUAAAGAAAUUGAAGAAUCUGCUUUGCAUGUUUCAAAGUAUGAUAUCACUAAGAAGAGCUAAUUGAAAUCAUAAGGAUUCAAUAAUUUGUAUAUUAAGAACUUCCCUACACCAGAUUUCGAUGAUCAAGAUCUAAUCGUAAGACACGUCUCUUAAACUUCAAUAUAGACACUCUUUUCAAAGUAUGGAAAGAUAGCAAAUGCGUAGGUAAUGAAGGAUCAAUUUAACAAGUCAAAAGGAUUUGGCUUUGUGUCUUUCCAGAACUCUACCGAUGCAGUGAAAGCUCUCCAGGAGAACAGUAUCAAUGGCUUGUAUGUAUGUGAAGCUAAGACUAAGGAGUAAAGAUAAUAAGAGCUGCAAAGAUAAACUCUUGGCUUUAAGAAGUCAAUGAUGUACUUGAAUCUCUACGUCAAAGGCUUUAACAAUCUGGAAACCACUGAGGACGACCUAAGACAAUACUUUUCAGCCUUUGGUGAAUUGAGAAAUCUGAAGAUUAACCCAAAUGGCUAUGCUUACGUCUGCUAUAAAGAUAGAGAGCAUGCUAGGAGAGCAAAAGAAUAGGCCCCAUAGAUUCCAUUGAAUGGCUAAAGACUGACAGUACUGUUCUUCGAGCCGAAGGAGUUGAGAUCACUUCAGAUAGAGGAGCAAAUGGACAUGAAACAGUAUAACUAGAAAAAAUACCUAGACAAGCUCAAUACCCCUAUCUCUGAACUGCAAAGAACUAACGAGGUGACUGGAGUCUUUGAUCUUAUUUCUAACCUAGGCAGAAUCCUUGAUUUCAGCCAGAAGCAUCCUGUUCAGAACUAGAACUUUUACAAUCAAGGCCAGAGAAUGGUGAAACCUUGGAGCAGAUAAAAUGGAAACUAGCAGCAAUAGAAUCCUCAGCAGAGAGUUGUCAAUGCUCCAUAGAUGUAGAACUUUCAUAGAAAGCCAUUGGGACAACUCAAUAACAGCUAGGCAAAUGAAAGAGUUGCUACUAAUCCAGAUAAAAUAAAGCCAGCUAUGAAUUACUAUCCUCAGCAAUUACCCAUGCACAUCCCUAUGCCUCUUCCAAUGCCAAUACCUCUCCCACCAUCACAACUAAUGAUGAACAUGAAUCCUGUCACAUCUUAUCCUCUCCAAGGUCUUUCCUUUCCAAUGAGUUCAAGCAAUUAGACACAGCCUCAACUCCAGAUGCCUGAAUAAUCUCAGAAUGAUGUUCUUGAAAGCUACAAUAACAUGAUGUUUGAAAUGUUCAAGAGUGAAGAGUUCAAGUCAGCCGAUACUAAGAAGAGAAAAGAAUUGAUUGGCAAUAACAUCUAUGAGACUGUGGAGAGACUUGCAGGUAUUGAUAAAGCACCAAAGAUCACAGGCAUGCUAAUUGACUUGCAGGAGUUUGAACUUAACAAGGCUGUUGCUACUCUUCAGAAUUUAGAGUAGAAGGUAACUAUGGCUUCACAGAUGCUCAAGAAAAAUGAAGAACAGCUUAAGGGCUCUCCAUCAAUAACCACUCCUGAAAAGAUCACUCAAUUUAAAUUCAGCUCCCCAACCUUGAAAUGA